AUGCGACAUCACAGCCACGCAUUGUCGCUCUUUGUACCGCUUCUCAGCGAUGUGACAGCUCAAAACUGCCAUAGUCUUUUCGCCUGCUCUUUUCUCAUUUCUGGGUUUUCGUUCGCUUCUCACGGUUUGAAUACCAACCCAUCUUCUAUGCAUGUGAACGAAGUGAUAGAAGCCUUCAAAUUGAUCCGAGGGACAUCUGUGAUUGUGGAGAAGGCACGGCCGUGGAUCGAGCAGGGUGAUAUGCGGCUUCUAUUAAAAUUCACCCGAUGUGCACAACGAACUCUUCGGUCAAGACUGGUUCACGAAGUACAUGCUCGGCUUGAAGCCCUCAUCAGUCAACAAGCAGAUCGGAUCCGGACUUCCCAGCUUCCGACUAGCCUGACUGCCGUUGUCACCAGAUCUACCCGGCAUCUUCUUGAAAUCUUUGAUUCUUCCAUCGCUAGCGAUAACCAAAUUACCGUUCUCGCCUGGCCGGCGGUGAUAGAGUCAGCAUCCUUGGAUCUUAUGCAGCAAAUCGAGCCGUGCUCUUUGGUUACACUCGCUCACUAUGGGGCGGUUCUCCACAUCACGACCAGUGCUUGGUGGAUGCAAGGUUGGGGCAAGUUCUUGGUCAAUGUUGCCGCGGCACACUUGGAUGAUAUUGGACGAUCGGCAAUCGCCUGGCCUUUAGCUGUUGUCAAUAAAAACGCCGAUGAGUGA